AUGAAUAACUCAACGUACAUAAACUCUUCCACUGAAAAUGUGAUGGCUUUGGAUAGCCCCUAUAAAACUGUUGAGGUGGUCUUCAUCGUCCUGGUAGCAGGGUCUCUCAGUCUAGUCACCAUAAUUGGGAACAUCCUGGUCAUGGUGUCAAUCAAAGUCAACAGGCACCUACAGACUGUCAACAACUAUUUCCUGUUCAGCUUGGCCUGCGCUGACUUGAUCAUCGGCAUCUUUUCUAUGAACCUAUACACCCUCUACACUGUGAUAGGCUACUGGCCUUUAGGGCCUGUGGUGUGUGACCUCUGGCUGGCUCUUGACUAUGUGGUCAGCAACGCCUCUGUAAUGAACCUCCUCAUUAUCAGCUUUGACAGAUACUUUUGUGUCACCAAACCUCUGACAUAUCCUGUAAAGCGGACCACUAAGAUGGCAGGCAUGAUGAUUGCAGCUGCAUGGGUGCUGUCCUUCAUCCUAUGGGCCCCUGCAAUUCUCUUCUGGCAAUUCAUUGUGGGAGGAAGGACUGUCCCAGAUGGGGAUUGCUACAUCCAAUUUUUUUCCAACGCUGCCGUCACUUUUGGCACUGCCAUUGCAGCCUUCUAUUUGCCUGUUAUCAUCAUGACUGUCCUUUACUGGCAAAUCUCUCAAGCCAGUAAGAGUCGGAUAAAGAAAGGGAAAAAGGAAGCUGCCCAAAACCAAGAUACAGUUUCCCCUAGCCUUGUUCAAGGUAAAAUAGUGAAACCAAACAAUAACAACAUCCCCACCAGCGGGGAUGGGUUGGAGCACAGCAAAAUUCAGAAUGGAAAAACCACUGGAGAGACUGUGACGGAGAACUGUGUUCAAGGGGAGGAGAAGGAGAGCUCCAACGACUCCACCUCUGUCAGCGUGGUCGCUUCCAACAUGAAAGAGGAUGAAACUGCCAAAGAAUCCAGCCAGGCUUCUGCCUCCCAAGACCAGCUCAAAGUGGAGAACUCCAAGCUGACAUGUAUCAGGAUAGUCACCAAGUCCCAAAAGGGUGACUGCUGUGCCCCCACCAACACUACCGUGGAGAUUGUAGGCACCAACGGGGAAGAGAAGCAGAAUAGUGUAGCCCGGAAAAUUGUCAAGAUGACAAAGCAGCCAGCCAAAAAGAAACCACCUCCUUCUAGAGAGAAAAAAGUGACCAGGACUAUUUUGGCCAUCCUCCUGGCCUUCAUCAUCACCUGGACCCCAUACAACGUGAUGGUGCUCAUCAACAGCUUCUGCACAUCUUGCAUCCCUGGCACUGUAUGGACCAUAGGAUAUUGGCUCUGUUAUAUCAACAGCACCAUCAACCCUGCUUGUUAUGCGCUCUGCAAUGCUACUUUCAAGAAGACCUUUAAGCACCUUCUUAUGUGUCAUUACAAGAAUAUAGGAGCUACAAGGAGCUUUUGUUCUGUGAUUUCUCCAUCACGUCAAGAUAAAAGUGAAAAAAGGUGGUCUUUUCCAGAUUGCUACAUUCCAAGACUAUUUCAGCAUCCAUGUAAACCAAAGUUUUUGAGACAAUUUCGUUCAUUUUGUUUGUCAUGUAACAUCCACACAUGGAUUUGUCUUUUACCUCCAUCAGCCUUUUCUUCCUUUUUGUACCAGGGCAUGAAGACUGAAUAUCAAAAGAAGUCAUAAAUUCAAAGAUCUCAUCUGGUCAGCCACAACGGCCAAACAAAGGGCCUCAGCUAGGUUAUUACUAGAAAAUAGAAGUUACAUCCUUUUAAAGGUGGAUGUCCAGGUGAAGACGUACGCUGAGGCUCCACAGAAUGAAUAGUUAAUGUUAGAUGACCAUGCUCUUGACCAGUCAAAAGAUGAUUCACACUCAUUUAUUGAGGAAAAGCAUAAGAUGGACUGACAUGCCCACAUGGAUCAAGCUCUGCCUAUGCCCUUGGUGUGAAACCAGAGCCCUUCCCAGGUAUAUCCUGGACAAGAUGUUUACUUUAUGGAAAAGAUAUUUGGCUACAUUGCCUUUUGUACCAGCUAGGAGCAAUAUUUCGACUGUAAGCCAAGGGAUAAUGCUAAUAAAAAGGCAGAGAGGAAAAACAAUGAUUACACAAAACCAGAUACUGAAAUAGUCUGGGCGGGGGGCUGGCAGUGGUCAGAUUCAAAUACUAUCUGCUACUCCACACCAGCUCAAAUCCUUCUGCCUGGCAAAGAAUUUACUAUUUCAAUAUUUGAUAUUUACUGUAGCACAACUGAGCACUGUGUGGACAGGACAAAGUGUAUCAGAUGAGUGAAAACAGCAAUUGUCUGUGAGUUAUGCAUCUUCUAGUUACCUCCUUCUUAGUAACUCUAACUUCCAGGCACUAGUGAAGGUACACCUACAGAUUUUGUAGCCCAAAAAAAGUAGCUUGCUGCAUAGACAAUGUCCUGAGAGACUGUCUUCUGGAGUGAAAGCCACCUACCAAAUAGGACACCAAGUCAUUCUGUUAUUUCACGCUACCACAUUAGAGUCUUCCAAAAUGCACUUCAAAAUAGCAGCCUUCGAGAUUACGGGGAAAUUAAUCUUGCAGACUUAAGUUUUACAUUUGACAAGCUUAUUGGAACAUAGUGUCAAAGAACUUUGGCAAUAUGACAAUUUUCAUGUUUCAACGUACAAAUUCCUAGCAGAAAGUGAAAAUAAGGAGGAUUAAACUGCGGUAAAUUAAAGCCACAUUAAACUCAGGAUUAAUGUGUCUUAAUAUGCAUUCAUUGAUUUUAUACCCCUAGUGAUUUCAUCCUAAUGUAUCUAAGUGUCUCCAUGCACCCAAGGAUCUAAUUUUGCAACCCUCACUUGCCUUGAGUCAUAUUUACUAUCACUAUUUUCAUCUUCCUGCUUGUAAGGAAGAAUUGCUCAAUGAUAAGGCCUGCAAAACUGAGUGCUGCUUGCCUUUCAAAAAUACAUCUACUAGGCUUAUCUUGACAGGUCAAGGGAAAGACUUACGUGACCAUUUCUAGAUCAUUCAUCCUCUUAUAGUGUUAAAAAAUCCAGA